CUGACACGCUGGCAUAUUUUGACGUCGUCUCUUGAAGAUUCCAGAUCUUGUUCUGUCUUAAUACUUUUGGGCACCAGGAGCUGACACUUGUUUUCACCGCCGACAUUGGAAGUAUGGGGUGGACUGUGUUGGUCUGGACUUUUCUGCUCUCCACCUCGAUUUAUUGGGCAAAUGGGAAUCCUCACAAUCGUGCUAAGAGGGCCGUCCCACCUGCUGUGGCAGCCUUCGUUGCAGACGCUGCGAAGGAUGUAGGCGGGAAGGUGGUGGACAAAUUAGGGGACAGGAUUGCGGACGCAGUCGUGGAGAACCACCGGGAAAAGGUGGUGUCAUCCUUAGAGAAUUACUUCUCUGAUCAGUUUGAUAAGGCUGAUGAGAAGUUUGACCAAGUCAUGGCAACCGGAGGGGAUCUCCUGUCUGGUCUUGGCGGAAAUGUUAAACAGGCCAGGGUUAAAAUGAUCCACGGAAGAGGAACAAACACGGGGGAUACAUUCUCACCGGCUGGAUAUGAACUUCGCUUUGAUGUUGAGAGGAGCGAAGGGCAUGGCAGUGGUAACGAUGACAGUACUGAUGGCAUGUCGCCAGCAUUGUAUCCCAGCGGAGUUGGACCGCUAUUGAUGAACGCCUGCUUUGGUACCAACUAUGCACCAGGAGACCCGUGUUACGAGGGAUUCGUGCCUAUAGAAGCGUGUGCUAAUAUCAUAGACGGGGCAACGGUCGUAGGUGUUGGGUUUGACGGCCACGGCGAAUAUUCUACGGACUCCAGGAAGAAGAGCCUCAUUCAGCGCUCUUGUCAAGGUUUACAGGGGGUGAGUCUGUUGCAUGAGGUAUGUUUUGUGAUAUACAAGGAGUACCAUGUGCCUGACAUUAUGACCGUGCAAGGAAUAUACGACACCGAUGUAGCAACCUACUCAUUUAGCUCUGUGGACGAAUACAGACAUUACCUUGAGGACAAAUCUGCUGUGACAUCUCAAACUGGCAUGUUUCAAAAAGAAAUGACAAAGGUUCAAGGUCAUUUGGCUGUUAGUGGCUUUGCUGGAAUGGGUUGGUCAGCAGGAGGAGGCGGCUCAACCCAGGAAGGUCGUGCCGAACAAACCGAGGAAUUGAAUGCUAGGUCUCAAGCAAGUGCCCGACUUACCGAAAGCACAAGCAGAACAUUUAUGGCUAUGAUGGAGCUAAACGUUUUUAGGUAUGAAAUUUUUCUGGACUUCGUUACUCCUGAAGAUUUGAACUUAGCAUUUCUGCGUGAUUUCCUGGGUCUACCUGAAACGUAUUCUGGACUAGGAGGAGAAUUCCUUAAGUUUAUUCUACGUUGGGGUACGCAUUACACUACCGCAGCCAAGUUUGGAGGACAACUUAAAAUCAUCAAAACCAAGGAAGCAAGCGAGGAAGCCUCACGGGAGCACUUUGCCCAGGCAGCACAGUCUGACUUCAAGAAAGUUUUCAGCACCUACUCGGCACAGCAAACCCAGACCAAGUCCAGCAGUUUUUGGCACGAUCAUGAGAAAAAGACAGAUAACAGCGAGGAAAGGGCGCAAGCAAAUAGAGUAACUUCGUCAUCUGAAUCCCAAAGUGAAGAAGGGACUCUAUCUCAAUAUGAGUUCAGCAAUGAAAUGAUGGUGGUCCAGGGAGGAGAUCAAAGGAUCGCGGCCGCCAUCACCGAGUUCUACACAACGUCUUUUGGAAACGAGUUAAAGGACUGGCUAGAGUCCAUUGACGAGUUUCCAAAAGCCUUUGAGUUCAACAUGCAGCUCAUAACCGACCUGCUGGACUUGAACUUCGACACGUUUUUUCCUCAAGGAAACGAAACAGUCGACUUCGGUUGCUUUGGAAAACGAGCAGGGGAGAUGAAAACAGAUAAACAAGGUUACAAGUAUUACGUCCAGAACAUCGGUGCCGGCGCCAACAAGACAGGCAACCGCACAGAAAUCCGCUACUGCAAGUUUGGAGCAAGAGAGGAUAUUGAAAAUUCCAUAUAUGAAAGAAGACUGGCCCUCAAGCGGGCCAUUGGUGUUUAUUUAUUGGAGGGUCCCUUCGUUCCCUCGGAGUUCCAGAUCCCGGCCGGAGAGCCCGGAUGUGAAACUGCUGAGUUAAUGUUUGACGAUUCAGACGUUAGUUCCCCCAGUUGGGACGAAUUGACUGGUGGAAAUGAAUUCAAAGUCAUUUUUGAUUUACCGUACAAAAUUCCAAAUCUUCUUGCAGCCAAGGCUGCUCUCAAUGUUAAAUUUGUGACCAAGUUUAAAGUAUGGUUGACUAUCAGAGAGGGUCUUAAGCCCCAUUUAUAUGAUGGACACCAGAAUGGCAACAGCGGCGAAAUCUCACAGCGCAAGAUAAGUGUUGGAGGACUAGUUAUGACGUAUGAAGAGGAUACGGGCACCUUUGUGGUGACGUCAGAGGACUAUGAAGCGUCAAAGUUAGUCAUUCCCGACCUACCUGCCUGGAUCAACGGAAUGCGUGUUGCCAGAGCAGAAUACAAGUCACUACGAGAACAUAUUAAUAAAAACUCAGAUCAUGGUCAACAAGUGCAUAUGCCCUGUAACAUGUGGUGGUCAAACGCCCUCCGCAUCGACCCUACGAAUGGAGGAAAGUGCAUCCAUUUUACGGCUGCAUCAGAGGGAGACAUAUUCAUCGUGUUUGCGGGAAGCCCAAAGGAUCAGGAAACAUGGAUCACUGUAGAGAUAUCUACCAGUGGCGUUGUUUUCUAUAAGGCAAAGCAAUCUGUAGUCUCCCAGCUUGACAGAGGAGCCCAGGGACCGGGAUCGGAAACCGUGUAUCAGUCCUACUUUGUGUGCAUUUCGGAGAACAAUGAAACAUCAGCAACAUUAGUAGAGUUUGGAAAGACACCGGACAACAAAGAUCGAGGUAACAUUUGGUUAGGCUAUCUAUUCGCCGGUGACAUCCCAUCUGUGCGACACUAUGCGUUCGGCAGCGGAGAUCGUUCCGUUAUGUUGAUGGGAGUUUCUCAGAUAGAUAACCCUGAACGUACCUGUCUGGGGGGAACAACAGAGAAAGAUGGCAGAUGUGUACAACGCUGUCAUGAUGAGUGUAUAGGCUGUAUGAUUACCGGAUCAAACGACCCACGUCGUUGUGUUGAGUGCAAGCACGUGAAACUCCUAUCGAAAUACAUUCAACAGAAUAAUAAUAAUGACUUUGCGUUUGAGUGUGUGGCAGCCUGUCCAUCGGGUAUGGUCACGGCGUCUGGUACAAACAGAUGCAAAUGUAACCAGGUGGAAAAGGCUGGUCCCGACGGCUCAGUUCGUUGUCUGCUUGACUGUGGAAGUAACUACUAUAACGAUAAUGGCGUAUGUAAGGCAUUUGCAGACACUGAAUGGAGGAAGAUCCCAGGAAAAUUAAAACAAGUUGAGGCUAGGUCAAGUGGACCCGAGGCGUGGGGUGUUGACUCAAACGGCAACGUUUUCAAACUGAAUGCUGCGGCUUCAACCAUGGAUCCCGGUGAGAUGAGCACAUAA